CAUUUCAGGAAUAAAUUUAUCCUUUUUAUUACCAUAUAUCAGAGGAACUAUUUUCCACGACUGAUCUGAGAUUAACUAGUUUAAUUUUUUUAGCCAAAUAUCUGUGACAAAUAGAAAUUACAGGACAAUAAUACAAUUACGUUUUUAACAAUAACAAGGUCAUACGACUAUUGUCCUCGCAAAAGAUACUUUUCACGCGGUACAACGUAAUCUUUGUAAGGACAACAGCAAAUAGAGCAUGGUUGCGCGUGAAUCAUGUGAGAAAGUUAUAUAUUUCUCAUGGCAAAAUGAGGACAAUCAGCCGUGAGAGGAAUGGAAAGAGAAACGUUGAAGCAACGAUCGCGGAGGGACACGCACAAUGUUUGAAAUGCCGCAGGCGUUGAAAACUAUUUAUAAAGAUCAGCGAUUGAUGCAUAAUCUGCGCGCAAGUCGGCAACAAGAAAAUUGGUUUCACAUGCGGUCAACUAGGAAGGAGGCGGAUCGUGACGACUGCCACAAUUGGAAUGAUUAUUCGCUAGUUCAGUUCAGGGACGUGCGCGCGCUUCUUUCACACUCGACAGUUCGGCUUAUCUUCAGUGUCACUCAAAUUGGAGACGCGAGAGUAAAUUGACGUAGUCUCUUCGACGGCGCACGGCAAUCAUGAGCAACGAAAAAGAGCAAUCCAGGAAGAUUGAACUGCGCGACUUGCAGCCGAUACUGAGCCGCACGUUCGGCGAUCAGCUGAUCGUGGUUCGUUAUACGACGAAGAACCUGUUGCAGCCUGGUGAGAAUUACGGCAGUACUAUUCUCAGCGUUCAUGCAGUGAUCAAGCGUGAUAAUGAGGCGAAAGAGGAAGAUCUUUAUCUCGUAGCAAAAAUGCCGCCGCCGACGGAAUUUCAACGACAAAUUUUCGACAGUCCGUACUCAUUCAGAAAGGAGAUCUUCAUGUACGAGAACAUCGUGCCUUAUUACAGAGAGCUGGAAAGAGAAGUCGGCUUGAAGGAAGAUGAACUACUUGACAUACUACCAAAGUAUUAUCAAUCCCGAUUGUCGCUGAGUCCUGACGUUGAUUUCGACGAUGAUGCUGUUAUUUUAAUGGAGAAUUUAAAAAUGCGUGGCUAUUACACCAACAACAGAGUGACAGGUUGCGACCAUGAGCACUCGAAACUUGCGGUGCGAGCAAUGGCAAGGUUUCACGCACUGGGAAUGGCUACCAAAUACAAGCGACCGGAGUACUUCGAAGUACUGAAGAAACGCAGCAAGUGCCUGGAGUUCAAAGCCGAAGGUUUUGAGAGCAUGCACGACGAUAUGGCACAGAAAAUAGCGGAGGAUCCGGAGUUAGCCGUUCACAUCGAUCGGUGCAAAGCGGUCAUUUACAUGCAGGCGGAGGAGAUAUGGCUCGCCGUACCCGACGAACCGUGGUCCACCAUCGUGCAUGCAGAUUUCUGGGUGAACAACAUCAUGUUCCACCGCGAUGAGAACGGUCGAUUGGACGACGUGAAGUUCGUCGACUUCCAGAACUAUCUGUUCCUCAAUCCGCUGCGCGAAAUGGUUUUCUAUAUCUUCGCUAGCUCAGAGGUGCGCGACGAUUACAUUAACGAACUGAUAGAUCUCUACCACGAGACGUUCCUCGCCGUGCUAGACCGAAUGGGCUGCGAUACCGAGCCGUUCACGAGAGAGAAAUUUGACGCCGAGCUAGCGAAAGAUGCCAAACUAGAGUUUGUGCACAUAUACUUCAUGCUCAAGAUACUCACGCUGGAUGUGCAGGAGACUAACUUCGACGACUACAAUAAGAUGAAAACCUUAAUGACGGAUUAUCAAGGCAACGAUAUAUUUGUCCAACGGCUGCGUAAAGCCGUGUUAUACUUCAUUAAACGCAACUGGAUUUAGACAAUGCUAUAGAGAAAAAAAAAAUGCAAAAUGC